AUGGAAGUCGACGACGUCCUGCAAGAAUGGACCUGGCGCCAGCCCUUUGACCUGAUUCAUAUGCGCCAGCUAAUAGGCGCUUUCACGCCGGAAGAAUGGGACGGUUUAUUCAGCCAGUGCUACAAAAACUUGAACCCAGGAGGCUGGAUCGAACAAGUAGAAGGCGACCCUCGAAUCAAUUGCUCAGACUCCAGCAUGUCCCCGGACUGCAGCAUAGUCCAGUUUACAGAAGCGGUGUUCCGCGCCGGGAAGGAAUGGAAUCAUCCCCUCGACACGCUGGACACAAUGCGCGCAGCAAUGGAAAAGGCGGGCUUUGUCGACAUCCAUGAGAAAGAGUAUAGAUGGCCUGUUGGCCCAUGGGCGCGAGACCUUACGCUUAAAGAAGCCGGCAGAUUGCACUAUCAUCAGUGGACGGCUGGUAUGGAGGGCUGGGGCAUGUAUCUCCUGACUAAAUUUGGGGUUCCGACGCCGUGGUCGAAAGAAGAAGUACAGGUCUUACUGGCCAAGGUCAGGAAGGACUUGCAGGAUCCGCGUAUUCACACGUGGCAGUAUGCGUAA